UGUCGAGCUCGACUGCAUCACACACCACCAUGGACGCACUACUCGCCGCUGCCGGCCCCAUGAGGCCGGACAAGCGCAAGCGCGACUACCGGGACCGCAACACCAAGCCGCAGGCGCACAAGACGGUCGAACGCGGGGACAAGGAGGCCGUCGACCCGUCGACUGCCUCGAUCCUCAAGACAACACGCACGCCGUCGUCGUUCCACUCGCGCAACCUCGCCAGCGGCAAGGGCAAGGAGGCAAUCAAGCCCGAUGCCAGCGUCCACCGCAUCCAUGACAAGAAGGUGCGCGCCAAGGUGGCGCGGCAGGACGUGGCGGCCAAGCAGGCUGCCAUCGAGCGUGCCGACGUCAAUGAGUGGAUCAACACUCCGCUCUCGGGCGGCCAGGGCGGUAUCGAGGUCGACUACGAAGCAGGAGAGCGCUCGUGGAAGGUGUCGCAGGACGCGAUCGUCGAGGAGGUCGGCAUCGCCAGCAGCUCGAAGCGCUUCGACCUCAAGUUUGACGACUGGGGAUCGUACAAGGUCGACUAUACCCGCAACGGACGUCACCUGGCGAUCGCGAGCAGCAAGGGACACAUUGCGACGUUUGACUGGCAGGCGGGCAAGCUUCUGUCCGAAAUCCAGCUCAAGGAGUCGGUGCGGGAUAUCAAGUUCUUGCAGUCGGAAUCCUUCUACGCCGUCGCGCAGAAGAAGUACGUCUUCAUCUACGACGAGAAUGGUGUCGAGCUGCACAAGCUCAAGCACCACAUCGACCCUACACAUAUGGAGUAUCUGCCAUAUCAUUACCUUCUGUCUACGGUGGGCAACGCUGGCCACUUGAAGUACCACGACGUUUCCACUGGCGUCAUGCUUACGCAGAUUGCCACCCACCUGGGCUCGCCAUCUGCCAUGGCCCAGAACCCCCACUCGGCCAUCAUUCACCUUGGUCACGCCAACGGCACCAUGACGCUGUGGUCGCCAAAUCAGACGACGUCGCAUGUCAAGCUGCUGGCCCAUCGCGGACCGAUCGCUGGCAUCGCCAUCGACCCGAGUGAGAGCAGUGUGGGACGGUACUGUGCCACCGCAGGACUGGAUGGAACGGUCAAGCUCUGGGACGGCCGCAUGUGGGGCAAGGAGCUGCGAUCGUGGACGGUGCGCAACCAGCCAGCGACCAUCUCAUACUCUGGACGGGGCAUCCUCGCCGUUGGAGGCCGCACGGGAGUGACAACGUACCGUGACGUGCACAAGAGCUCGGUCGGAGCUCCCUCGCCGUACCUCACGCUCCCGCUCCCCGGUCUGAGUGCCUACUCGACCAAGUUCUGCCCCUUCGACGACAUCAUCGCCGUGGGACACAACCGCGGCAUCAGCUCGUUGCUCGUUCCCGGUUCCGGUGAGGCCAACUUUGACUCGGCCGAGGCAGACGUGUACGAGACCUACUCUCGCCGACGGGAGCGCGACGUCCGCUCGGUCAUGGACAAGAUCCGGCCCGAGCUCAUCACGAUGGACACGGACUACCUGGGACACAUCUCGCUGGACAAGGGUGGCCAGACCCACGCCGAGCGCGAGGGCCGGUCGUUCCGCCAGCUGGGCCGCAUGGAGCGUCUGCGCGCGACCGGCAAGGCCGACGAGGACGAGGACGAGUGGAACGGCAUCAACAGUGCAGACGAGGGCGACGCCAACGAGGGCGAAAGGCCAGCGAAGAAGAAGGUCAAGCACAAGCAGCGUGGCAAGGGCACUGGAAUGAAGCGGUACCUUGCCAAGAAGAAGAAGAAUGUCGUGGACAAGGAGCUGCUCGCGGUCCGGGACAAGGUCGACGCCCAGAAGAGGGCCGAGGACAUGGAGCGCAAGGUGGCAAGCGGCGAGGUGGUCAAGGAGACUGGUGCGCUUGCACGAUUUGGAUGAUGAGCGGGGUGUGUGGCGCGGCGCGGCAUAGAUCAGUACUGUUGUUCACAUUGCAUUCACUGGGUAUUGGA